AUGUGGUGUUGCGAUGCACCCUUUGGUUCACGGUGCAUCGCGAAGGAUGCCAAUUCUAGAUCUUCCUCGGUCUGCUCUCCAGAUGCGCUGCUGUCGUCGCCAGGGAUGACGUGUAGUAGCCUCUGUUACGCCAGUAACUCCGAUUGCGAGUCGUGCGUGAAGAAGAAGUGGUGUUAUUUUUGCCUUUCUAGUCGAACCUGCCAACCUCCAGAGGACUCUUGCACCGACAAUGCCGUCGUCCAAACAUGCGGCCCUGACGAUUACGAUUCCAAACGAAUAGCGGAGGAUCGAUUCUACGCGAUAGUGGUUAUUUUCACAGCAGGGGGAAUCAUUGUGGUUUCCAUCUUGGGUAUCGCCGCGGCCCUUAUUUACCGCGGGCUCAUGGAAAGACGCCGGGCAAGGGAAAUCGCAGAGCAACAGCAGCGCCGCCGUAUGCAGCGAGAUAAUACUACUAUGCUGAUGCACGAAGUGUGGGAUCGGAGCGCUCCUUCACAGGUAGAGGAACGGGAGCGUCUUCUGCCCGAGGGUGCAGAGCUUCGUCAGGACCGCGCGUUGGAGGUUGAGGACGGGGAUUUGAGCAACAAUGCGGUAUCGCGCACUUCGAGCCUGUUAGCUGACGAGCCAAUGUGUUAUCUUUGCCUCAGCGCGCGACCUUCCGUGACUUUCCUUCCUUGCUAUCACACCUGUUGUUGUGAGCUAUGCAGCAACCGUCUGAGGCCUGUUUCUAAUACAAUUGUAUGCCCAUUUUGUCGGGAGGAGAUCAAGAGCAUGGUGAGCUUGACGAACGUGCUAAAAUGGAGCCCUGAAGAGAAAUUAGCUUAG